AUGUCAACUACAUACACGUUACGGGUGAGCGACAAUGCGUCCAUAACUCCAUACAGCGACAAAGCUAACCUCCCGUCCGCCAUUCUCCAAAAUCUAAUCGAGGAAGGUACCGAUUUCCCCCAUCCACUAGUAUUCAAAAUCGCCAAUGAGUCAGAUCCAUUUAAUUACACAUACAUCGGAGUCAAGGAAUUCACCAGUGAAUCCGACGAGAUUAUGCUACCGCGUUUCGUAUCUGAUAAGCUACAUAAUCCAACCACUGUUGUUGUUGAGAUGCGGCGAGAUAUCCCCAAAGCCACUUCUUUACGGCUCAAGCCGCUACUUUUCUAUCCCAUCAACAAUUGGAAGCAUUUCUUGGAGAGUCGACUCAGCCAUUACACGGUUGUGAAUAAGGGGGAUGUUUUGACUAUAGAGGAUGGUGGAUUAAAGUAUCAGUUGCAAGCUGAGCAAAUCAAUGAUUCUGAUGCUGUCAAUGUGGCGUCUAUUAUAGAUACGGAUGUUGUGUUGGAUAUGGUGCCCUUGAAUGAUUCCGUGGCGGAACAACAAUUGGAGUUUCAUAGAAAUUACUAUGACCAAUUUGGCAGUGUUGUUGAGUUGAAGAGUGGUGAGGAGGUUGUAAUUCAUGGGUUAUCGUCGUUUAUGGACCCAAAGUUUGUUCCGAGGCUAUAUCUGAUAGACAUUACUCAAUGGAAUAGCCAUAGUUUGGUUGUUGAGUUGGUUACUGAAAAUCCCGCACGUCUUAUAAAUGUUGAUUUUGUGGUUGGUACGAGCAAGCUCCUAACGCUUGAUAAUUUUGCAUACAGUAGCUUGGCUGAGGAUGACACAUUGGUAAAGCAGAUUGAGAAUGGUCUAGGUACUAGAAAGGCUAUAAACAUUGACUUACGAGACGAUUUGAUUGUGAACAAAUUGAAUCGGAGUAAGCUGCUCCUUGAUGAAGGCGAGAGCGAGGGUGAUGUUGAUGCUGAUGAGCGGUUUUUGUACGUGAUUCCCUUCACAUGGCAGGGGAAAGAGGAUGUUUUGCUUCGGAUCUCGGAUAAAAAGGAGCACGAAACCGUUGAGGCGGAUACGGGUGAUUUGAAAAAAUGUCCAAAAUGUUUCAAGCUCAUACCAAAGGACAACUUUACACUUCAUGAAGCACGGUGUCGUAAGCACAAGUCAGAACCAGUGGAUUCUCAACUACUAAAGUUCAAACACAAGCAGCUUUAUGAAAAACAAUAUCAAUGCAGUUGCUCGCAAACGUUUGCUACAUUUUUCGACAUGGUAAACCACAAAGCAAGGUGUCCUAAUACAAUGAUUGAGUGUCGGUUUUGCCAUUUGAUAGUUCCACAAGAGACAGCCACUUAUGAAGACACCUAUCAAGGACUAACGCACCAUGAAAAUGUGUGCGGUAAUAAAACACAAGAGUGUUACAAGUGUGGCAAAGUUAUACGCAGAAAAGAUCUCGUCAAGCAUAUGAAACUACACGAAUUGGAUAAGGUCGAGUAUAAUCAUGCAGUUACUUUCAACAAAUGUGCAAAUGUCAACUGCAUCAAUAGUCAAUCUGAAAGUGCCAACGAAUUGCAAUUGUGUGAUUUGUGUUUUGGACCAUUGUAUAUAUCUCAGAAUGAUCCUACCAAUAUCAAGCUCCAGAGUAGGAUUGAAAGGAAGUAUAUGUUACAACUUUCAAAAGGUUGUGGACAAUGUUGGUGUAAUAAUGAGUUUUGCAAAACCGGGAAUCCAAAAUUGAGUCACAACACAAUGAAGGACAAUUUGCAGUUGAUGCAAGUGGCCUUUGCUUCAAUUCAUAAGCCUUUGUUGCCCAUCAAUAACAAGAAUGGCGCAGGAGAAGGUGAAAAUGGAUCUGCAGCAGAUAACAUGUUUUGGUUUUGUGUGAAUGAGUCUGUAUCGAAAAAGAAGCUUUGGUUCGAUAUGUUGAAAGAAGAAGGUGAGUAUGCUAAUGACGAUAUUAUAUUACAAGCGUUGAAGGUGAAUAAUGAUGAGUCGCUGGUACGUCAAUGGUUGAAAAGUAAUGCAAUUAGUGGAGGUUCCCAAUAG